AUGAAACUCGCUAAUACGCAAUUGCUCUACUGCCCGUUCACCCCAUUCUUUGUGAUAUUUGAACACAUUCUUGGCAACAAGAACUCGCCUUCAACUACUAUAAACAAUGAUCUAUCAUUACUGUCCGCGACAGUAAGCUACUUCGCAGAGAUGAGAUCUCAGAUGAGAUUGUUAGCAACAGUGUGUUCAAGAUUGCAGCACACAUCUUCUGUCUACCUUCAACUAGCACAGAACCAUGUUUCUCGUCGACUUUCUAUUGAACCUACGCACAAAAAGCUCAAAGCACCGAUAGAUCAUGGGCAACAUUGUAACGACCUGAUUGAUCUUGACAUUCGAAAUGUGAACGUUGCCAAUUACCUUGAAUGGCUGCCUACGGAGAUAAACCCCACGAUUACUACACAACCAGGUGAUCAACACGAGCCUGCGUGCAUUGGUGUUAGCCAAAUAAGAAGAAUUUCAGGAAACAUGUUCGAUUGGUUUUCCUGGGAUGCUUAUUACGCUGGAGCUGAGACAUGA